AUGCCGGCUGACCGAUUGCUCGAGACCCUUUUGCGGUCUCUCCAGACAUGGACCGACCAGCAAGAUACGCCCAGAUUGCUCGGAACUGCCGCGUCGCUCCUCACCACCCUCACGAACCCGCUGAACAUCCAGCUUCUCGUCUCGCAGCUUCUAUCCGCUCCAGCAAUAUGGGAACGCCCCGACGGCCUGCGCACCUGCCAGCGCGUAAUGGGCCUCUUCCACUCCGCUUGUCUCGCCGUCCUCCAGCAUGAACGCGACGUGAGAGAAGGCACGGCCAAGCCGCCACUGCCGGGACAGAUGCCAAUCGGCGGUGGCAUGCCAAUAGAAGAAUGGGCUACAGCGGUCGUCAGAGGCGCCGAUGAGCGGUCUCCGCGGUGGAAGCAUCUGUUGGUUUUAGGAGGACUGCUGCUAGGAUCCGGCGCCGAAGAGGACUGUCGGUUGCCGUCUGGCUUGGAAGCAAAGCUCCAGGGUGCACUGGUGCAAGCAACCAAUCUGGCUCUCAUAGACGUCAGGGACGGCGAUGAGCUUGGGGCCCACUGUAUUGCGCUGGUACUCAAUCGCAUCUUUCCUGUCUUGUCAGAGGCCGAGAGGGCCCAAGUUGACUACGACCACUUGCUACCAGUCCUUAUUGGAGCUGCUUUCUUCAGCAAUGAAGGCUUCCAGUCCGCUUACUUCCUCGGCACCGUGGACCCUGACGUCGUGGAAGAAGCAGGCCAAAAGCUGAACUGGUCGGCCCAGUCGUCUUCAUUCCAUCAGAUACAGCGCAUCACAACCCGUCCGUUGAUGGCAUCCAUGGGGCCCUACUCUAGACUCGUCUCGCAUACAGUCGAAAAUGUUCGGGAUCCUUGGCUAAUCCAAACAAUGAUGGACGACCUCGCCGGAUUCGCUCGAGCGCUCACUCUUCAGUGGCGCCAGAACAAGCUCUCUACUAUUGAUCUCUCUGAAGAAUCACAGCACCUACAUCUGGAGACCAUCCGGACUACAGCACCCCUACUUUGGAGGAUCCUCAAAAACGCCCUCUUUGCUACCGUAAUAAUAUUGAGGGGCACUUUGGGACGGAUGCUUGGAGAUAGUGCGCUGGCUGCGGACAGCGUUGCUCCGGUCAUUGUGACACAUGCGCUUCAUAUUUUGCGCAACCUUUAUUUCAUAACCUCUCGCAUUGGUGCCCAUGCCUUCUCCCAGCACACAUUUGUGUAUCUGUCUGCCAUGGACAUUCUUGCGCAAUACCCUCUCCAAGCAGAUGCGUUCCUCAAAGCCAUUCGACCGGCUACUCUUGGAAGCAUUCCAAACAACCCUCUAGACCGUUGUCACGAUCUUUUCUUUCUCAAUACUGCAGAGCACUUCUCUCUAGUCCUCUCUCCUCAAACAAACGAGGACCUGCUCGUCUCUGCAGCAACGCCAUAUCUCAGCACCGGAGGAUCACGCCAUCUUCUUCCACUCUUCGAAGCCGCCCACAGCGUGAUGCUCUCCGUCCUCUCCGCACCUUCGUCCGCGAGCCAAGUCGCUGCCAAACACCUACCAUUCUACGUAUCAUCCCUCUUCGCCGCAUUUCCCACAAACCUCUCCCCUCGUCAAUUCCGCCUCGCAUUCAAAACCCUUCUGCGUGUCACGGCACCGCCCUCUCCGCUGUCCUCCUCCCAGCCCGACCUCCCCGCCAUCCUCUGCGAGCUUGUCCACCACCGCGCCCUUUCCGCGCCAUCGACACCGCUCCCCACGGCCUCUAUCACACCACCAGCCCCGAACAAUGCCGAGGAAGUGCCCGAGGGCGAGUCGCCGUUGAGCGAGCAGGCCGUCCUCGUACUUACGCUGCUCGACGCGUUGCCCAUCCUGCCUGUGUCGCUGCUUGAGGAGUGGCUUCCACUGUGCGCGGAAUUGGCGAACAAGGUGGAGGGUGAGGAGUUGAAGAGCGUAGUGAGGAAACGUUUCUGGGAAGUCUUGGUGAGUGGGGAGAUGGACCCCGAGAGGAGUCUGGUCGCUGUGGCGUGGUGGAGUACGCGAGGUGGGAGGGAGAGAGUUUUGUUUGGUGGUGAGGGUGAGGGUGGAACGGACGCGGCAGGCAACGAGGGAGGCAGGGAGAAGUAUCUAAUGAGCGGUGCGCUACCUGCGAGAGGGGUCGUUGAGGACUUGGAGGAGGGAAGGCCAAGGGAGAGUAAGCUCUGA